UUCUUCUAAUGUUUCUAAUUGUUACCACAAGAUGGAGCCCCUACUACGACUUUCGAUCCACGUGUUUUUCAUGUUUGAUCGAUUAUUUUAACCUAUCGAUCUUAUAAUUUUUUCUCCAUCAUUCAUUUAACUAACAUCGAGCUUAUGAUUGAAAUCGAUCUGAAUACAAUCGUUUCAAUCUUUUAAAAUAAUCGAUUUUGAGGCAAUUUUUUACUGGAAAAAAUCGAUUUCAAAUCUAUGGGAAUACAUCGAUUGUGAGCAAUCGACUGUGAUUAAUCUGUCUUUGUUCUCCUCCCAACUCAGCUAUUUGCGCCUCAUGAUAAAUGUUAACAGUUUUUUUUUGUUUUCAAUAGGUUUGAAUUAUUUUUUUUAUAAAUUUGUUUCUUUUCUCUCUACUCUACAUCUUUUGUACUUCCUGUUGCUGAUUUUGUGAUACCUUGUUAAGUUUCAUUACAUUUGUACAUGUUAAGCCCCUUCACAUUCCCUUCUUUCUCUUAGUGAAAUAGUAGAGAAAAAAAACAAGAAAAAGUAUGUCACCAGUAAAGAGACUGAGAAAAUCAACCGUUCGAGAUACUAAAGAGUAUACCGUCGAGAAAAUAGUGGACAAAAGGAUCAACAAUGGUAAAGUUGAAUACCUUUUAAAAUGGCAUGGAUAUGAUGAUCGUGAUAAUACUUGGGAACCAGUUGAUAAUUUAAGUUGUGACGCAUUGAUUGAAAAUUACAAGCAACAGGAAAGAGCAGCCAAACCAGGACAAUCCACCUCAAAAGAAUCUACUACCAACUCUUCAAAUGGUACAAAGAACGGUGUGAAAUCUCGACGUGGACGUAAACCUGGGUCAGCUGCUAAAUCACCAGCGCCAUCAACACCACCACCACCAGCACCAGCUAAAUCACCAGUUUCAACCAGUACCAUGUCUACACGUUCUCUAAGAAAACGAUUAAAAUGAGAGAUGAGUAUCACCAAUGGUCAGUCGAUGGUCAUUGGGUAGAAAAGGGAAAGGAAUUUGUUUACAUUUCUACUCAAUUCAUUUUUGCCCCUUCGAUAAUCAUAAUUUUCUUACUUCAGCACCAACAUUGUUACCUGAUUUUCCAUCAUCAUUACAAAGAUGAUUUUCCCGCUCUCCCACUCUCCCUCUAUCUCUCCCUUUUCUUCUUCUUCUUCUUCUUCCUCUUCUUUCUCCCCUUCUCUCUAUUUCUCUUUCUCUUUCUCUUUCUAUCUUCUCAUUUAAAGCUUUUAUGGUGCGCAUGUUACUCAGAAGAUUCUAAAAAUUCUGACUCUGAAUCUUCAUUCAGUUCUCAUGAUGAAUUGAAAACUAAUGACCAGUAAUAACAAAAAAAAAUCUUAACACAUAAAGUUUGAUUACAAAAAAAUAAAAAUAAUUUUUUUCUCUCAAA